AAAAUUCUGUCUACAGCCGUGACAUGCUGUAACGACCACCGCUUAAAAGGUCACGUAACGCCUUUCUGCCGGCCUUUCACCAGCACUGGUGAUGUCUACGUGCAACAACUUCGCUUUAAUCUUCACUUUAUUUCUGGUAAACUUUUCUUUCACCGCCUUGACAGAGACAGCAGCUACAAAACCUCAUAUUUUGUUCGUACUAGUCGAUGAUUUGGGAUGGAGCGACGUAGGGUUUCACGGAUCCAAAAUACGCACACCCAAUGUUGACAAACUUGCGAAUGAAGGAGUUAUCCUGGACAAUUAUUAUGUACAACCUUAUUGUACACCAACACGGGGCUCUCUGAUGACAGGGCGUUAUCCAAUACAUACUGGUCUUCAACACAGGGCGAUUCUUUGUUUAACUCCCUUUGGCCUGCCUCUAGACUUUUCCAUUUUACCAGAGAAGCUAAAAGAAGUUGGCUACAGAACUCAUCUUGUUGGAAAGUGGCACUUAGGACACUACACAUCUGCUAGUUGCCCAACACACAGGGGCUUUGACUCCUUCUUUGGAUUCUACAACUAUGGACAUGAUCACUAUGACCACACCCACUCUGGCUUCUUAGACCUGUUCAGAGGAGAUGAGGUGGCAAGAGGGUACAGUGGACAAUACUCAACCUAUCUUUAUGCAAAGGAAGCUCAGAAAAUUGUUUUAGAACAUAACUCCACCAGGCCACUGUUUUUGUACAUGGCGUUUGAGAAUGUUCACGACCCAAUACAAGCACCGCAAGAAUACUUAAACAAAUACCGCUUCAUAAAAGACGAAGAUCGGAGAGGCUAUGCCGCAAUGAUGCACUUGGUAGACGAAGCUAUUGGAAACAUAACUACUGCGUUUAAAGAGAAAGGGCUAUGGAAUGAUACCCUUGUGAUAUUUAGCUCGGACAAUGGUGGAGAUCCUUUCUACCGAGGCUUCAACUACCCCCUGCGUGGAUACAAGAGAACACUAUGGGAGGGUGGGGUGAGGGCGAAUGGUUUUGUUCAUGGUCAGAUGCUCAAACGAAAAGGAGUGAUAUCACAUGAUUUAAUUCACGUGACUGACUGGUACCCAACUCUUCUCAACUUGGCAGGUGGUACAACAGACUCACAUCCCAUUCCAGUUGACGGCUUUGAUGUAUGGGACACCAUUUCCAAUGGAGCCCCUUCACCCAGAACAGAGAUUCUUCUUAAUAUCGAUUUCCCUGAAAAAAGGCCUGGCCUUCUACUAACGUAUGACACAUGGUACUCUGGGGCGGCAAUUCGUGUUGGUGACAUGAAGCUGUUAAUGAACGUUCCCAACGCGACUUGGUACCAGGUUCCUGAGGAAGACGGGGUUCCUCCAGACAUGGACGAGAUUUGGGAUCAAAAGACAAACAUCGUAGAACUAGCUCUCUUCAACGUCACCGCUGAUCCAACUGAACGGCGCGACAUAAGCCAUAAGUAUCCUGAUAUUGUGCGACGCCUGCAGGAACGCAUACAUGAAUAUCAGAAGACCGCUGUCCCACCAGGAAUCGUCCCAGAAGAUGUUAUGGCGUUGAUUGUAGCCAUGAAAAACAAAGCUUGGUUACCAUGGAGAGAUACUUGCAAUGCGAAAUGAUGGACGCGCGCCCUUUUUUCAGUGAUAACAGCGGCCAAUAACGUGCGUUGUUAGAUUUAUUAUGACUCAGUAACCCGAACUGGAACAUACCCGAGCCGCAAAGAGAAAUGGGAAAAGCUUCCCGGCUUACCCUGGUCUCCCCUUGCUCUAGGUGACGACGUUCAUUAGCAUUUUCAGAUGUUUCCUCCACGA